AUGAGAUUGAAUCACCUCGUUCUCUUUGCCGCUGUGAUUGGAUCCACGGCGGCAUCACCAGUCAAGAGCGCAAAGAGAAGUUCUGCAUUUCAAUGGUUUGGGUCCAAUGAAUCAGGUGCUGAAUUUGGGACUAAUAUCCCUGGUGUUUACGGAACGGACUAUAUCUUCCCAGAUACAAGCACCAUACAGACAUUGAUCAACAAUGGCAUGAAUAUUUUUCGGGUUCAGUUCAUGAUGGAACGACUAGUUCCUGGUAGCAUAACGGGAUCAUUCGAUACGACUUAUUUGGAGAGGCUGACCACUGUGGUGAACUAUAUUACCAAUGCAGGUGCCCAUGCUGUCAUCGACGCACACAACUAUGGACGAUACAAUGGAGCAAUCAUCACUAGCACAUCCGACUUCCAAACCUUCUGGCACAAUGUUGCCGGCCAGUUCAAGUCAAACAGCCUGGUUAUCUUCGACACGAACAAUGAAUACAACAGUAUGGACCAAACCCUGGUUUUAGACCUUAACCAAGCUGCUAUCAACGGCAUCCGCGCAGCAGGCGCAACGUCACAAUACAUCUUCGUCGAAGGCAACUCAUGGACAGGCGCCUGGACCUGGACUACCGUCAACGACAAUAUGAAAGACCUAACCGAUCCAGAGGACAAGAUAGUCUACGAGAUGCACCAAUACCUCGACUCGGACGGAUCUGGCACUGGUGCGACAUGCGUGUCGACCACGAUCGGAGUGGAACGUGUCAAAUCUGCUACACAGUGGCUCAUCGAUAAUGGUAAGAAGGGCAUCCUGGGUGAAUUUGCGGGUGGUGUCAAUAGUGAUUGUGAAACUGCGAUCUCGGGCAUGUUGAGCUACAUGGCGGACAACGCGAAUGUUUGGACCGGGGCUAUGUGGUGGGCGGCCGGGCCUUGGUGGGCUAACUAUAUCUUCAGUAUCGAGCCGCCUAGUGGUCCGGCAUAUACGGGGAUGCUGUCUACUUUGAAGCCUUAUCUAACGUAG